GUUGUCUUUAAUACACAAACCUGUAGAAUUUUUGUCAAAUUGUACUUUUUCAGGAUGGAAAACUUAAUGCACCAAUGAGGAAGGGUUUGAAAACUUCACAGAAAUUCUACUGCUGUCCUAUUGAAGGCUGCCCUAGAGGACCAAACAGACCAUUUUCCCAGUAUUCUCUUGUAAAACAGCACUUUAUGAAGAUGCAUGCUGAAAAGAAGCACAAAUGUGAUAAAUGUAGUAACUCCUAUGGUACUGAAUGGUACUUGAAGCGGCACAUAGAGGAUUGUGGCAAGACUUUCCAGUGUACUUGUGGGUGCCCUUAUGCCAGCAGAACAGCAUUACUGUCUCAUAUUUACAGAACUGGCCAUGAAAUUCCUGCAGAACACAGGGAUCCUCCUGGCAAGAAAAGGAAAAUGGAAACCUCCAUACACAAUCAGCGGUUGGCAGAGAAAGCAAAUGAAGGAUUCAUCAGUACACGCAAUGAUAGCCCUGGCACUCAGGAACUGGACUCAUCUGAAGUGAAAUUAGUAAGCCCUUUUGAAGACUCCCGCAGUUCUAACUUUGCUAAGCAAAUGCAGCCAAAAUGCACCCCGAAGAUGCUUUUACCCAAGCCCAAAGUGGCUUUGGUUAAGCUGCCUGUGAUGCAGCUUGCUCACUUGCCUGUGUUUGUGUCUGCAACAGACCCUUCUGUGAAACCUGUUGUAGUGGCUGUUGAUAAUCAAGGGUCGGUUAUGAGUACUGUUCAUUUAUUGCCUCAAUCUGUAGGAAUUCUGAUUCCAGCACUGGAAGCAGAAACACUUGUGUUUAAAGACUCUAUGCCUGUUUCAAAAGUGACUAACUCUGGUGAUAACGAACCAGUAAGUACCGGUGUGCAAGUUGACUUGGAUAAGGUUACAUCAGCUAGCGCAGGACAAGAGCUGGGGAGCGUUUGCCACAAGAAUAAAAUUUCUUCCAUAAAUGUGCAGACUGACUUAUCUUACAUUUCUCAGAACUUUGUACCAGCUGCAGCCUGGACUCCCGAUUCUUCUGUGUCCUCCUGCUCUCAGACAGACCUGUCGUUCGGUUCCCAGGUGUCGUUACCCAUCAGUGUGCAAACCCAGACACUGCUGCCUGCUUCUAAGCUGACUUCCUCCAUCGCUGCCCAGACCGAUGCCCUUAGUCAGGCUUGUUUUCCAACGGGUGGUGUUUCUAGGGAGACCCAAACCCAUCAGACACAGACCUCUCUGGAUGGAAGAGCGCAGAUGGACCAGGCCGUCAUGUGCAGUGACAUCUUUGACAAUGUCCAUUCGUCAUUCAGUGUUUCCACUCAGAUUAGCCUUCCAGAGAAUAAUUUAAUGACUGCGAAUAUAGACGAAACCCUGCUGCAAAGGAGUAAUUGCAAGAGCCUGAAUCAAGAUACGGUGAAGUCGGAAGCCCUUAUCAGCUUCAACGCGCAGACGAAUAUACUUCCGCCUCAAAAUACAACAGAUAAUCAAACUCAGACAAUAGACUUGCUAAGUGAUCUGGAAAACAUCUUUUCAGGAAACAUGCCUGGCCAGACACUGGAUAAUCGUGGCCUUUUGUCUGAUGCUGGUUCUAAUGCUGACACACAUCUGCCAUCUGGCCCGUCGCAGAGCACAGGAAUAGAUUUUGAUAUUGAAGAGUUCUUUUCGGCAUCUAAUAUUCAAACUCAAACUGAAGAGAGUGAGCUUGGUACCUUAAACUCUGAGCCUGUUUUGGAGUCUCUAGACAUCGAAACCCAGACAGACUUCUUAUUUGCAGACAGUGCCACGCAAUCGUAUAGCUGCAGGGGAAGUUCUAACUUCUUAGGUUUGGAAAUGUUCGAUACGCAGACACAGACAGACUUGAAUUUCUUUUUAGACAGCAAUGCCCACCUGCCUUUGGGCAGUAUUUUGAAGCAGUCUAGUUUCUCCAUGAGCACUGAUUCGUCUGAUACGGAAACGCAGACAGAAGUGUAUCCUGCCACUAAAACUAUGCCUAGCCAGAACAUAGAAAGCAAAGUCCAGCUGAAUAGUGCUGAAACACAGACUAUGGAUAGUUGCUUUGAGAACCUGGGGAAUUUAUUCCUCACCAGCAAUGAGACCCAGACAGCAAUGGAUGACUUUCUUCUGGCUGACUUAGCCUGGAAUACGAUGGAGUCCCAGUUCAGCUCGGUAGAAACACAGACCUGUGAAGAACUGUGCUCCUUAUUUCAGAGCUCCGACAAGUCCAGCCACUGAGCGCUGUGCAACAGAACUGCUGCCUGUGGUGUGAAAUUAAGUUAUUGGGGUGGCCGAGGUGGAUGGAGCAGG